AGGCUACUUCGUUGUUGACAUUUUGACAAGUAUCAAAAUCAAUUUAAAUUGUAUCUGAAAUAUAAUAAAUAAUAAGUGUUCUACGGAACAGGGAAAAUAAAUAGAAAUAUAAACUAUAGUUGCUUUUUAUCUUGUUAAUUUCAUGUGAAGCUAUUUUCUAAUAGUAAUUUUGAAGAAUUGACCAUUUUUUGACGGACUUGCCGGAGGAACGUUUUGCUAUCGUAAAACAUAAGUUAGCGUUUCUUUUGAAAAAAUCGCAAUUUAAUUAAUUCACCAAAAUGGUGAGUGAAGAGCAAGAAUCAGAAAUGGAGUUGGCGUCGGAAACAAUUCCGGUACCUCCAGUGGAAAAUGUAAUUGAAGAACCAGUCGUUGUUGAGGAACAAAAACCUGAGAUUUUUCGUAAAAAACCACGAAAACGUCAUCGUGAAUUGCAUGCAUCAAUUUUGAAACAAAUGGAAUUUUACUUUGGCGAUGCAAAUUUAAGCAAAGACAGAUUUUUAGGAAGACUUAUAUCACAAGAUCCUUGGAUCGAUUUGGAUAUAUUCAUAAAAUUCAAUAAAGUUGCGGCACUUACAACGGAUGUCAGUAGAAUAGCCAAAGCACUAAGGGAUUCAACAAUGCUGUCAGUUUCUGAAGAUGGGACGAAAGUUUGUCGUACAACUCCCAUUUGUAAGAAAGAAAAUUCCGAUGAAUGUACAAUUUACGUACAAAAAUUACCGUCAGAAGCCGAUCACGAUUGGAUUUCAAAAAUAUUUUCCCAAUACGGACAAAUUGAUUAUAUAUCGAUUCCAAAAUAUAAAAAUAAAGCAAUCAAGGGUUUUGCUUUUGUUGAAUUCAAAACACCUAAAGAUGUUUUUAAAUGUAUAACGGCAUUUAAGGAAAAAGGUGGUCUUCUUCCUUCGGAAACGACUCCAAAUACUCUUCUCAGUAUAACAACACAUGAGAAUUGCGAUGACGAAAUCGCAAAACAAAUCAUAACAAAAAAGGAAAAUAAAACAGAGGAAACUGAAAACAAAGAAGAGAAAAUCGAUAAUUCUCAAAAGAAAAAACGCCUCUCCACCGAGGAUACUUCAACGAAUGACGAAGAUGAAAAUUCGAAAAUAAAGAAGAAAAAAUACGCAAACAAUGAAAGUGAUCAAUCCGAUUCAACAGGGAAAGAAUCGAAAAAAGUAAAGAAACGAAAAACAAAAAGUACCGACAGUAUUAAUCCCUCUGACGUAAAUGAUGAAUCAAUCGUUACUGAGUGUGACAAGAAGCAGAAAAAAGAGAAGAAAUUAAAGCGAAAAGCUCCUGAAUUAGAAUCAAAAGUAUCAGAUCAAGAAACGGAAAAUCAAUCCGACACGGAAAUUGUUCCCAAGAAGGUGAAAAAAUCUGAUGAAAAUAAUGAAGCUGAUAAAAAAUCUGAGGAAACUAAUAAAGAUGCAAAAUCAAUUAAAGUUGUCGAUAAAGAAAUUAUCGAAAAAAAGAAGAAACGUAAACGAAAGCGUUCAAAGCGAAGAGAUGAAAUUGAAGCACCGGACACGGGACUAGAAAUAAUGGCGAAAAAAGAAUGGAAACGUUUGAGAAAUAAAUAUCUUGAUAUGCAAAAAGCGAAAAUGCAACAAUUAAAACAACAUUUGAAGCGAGCAAUGUGGAAUCAAUGGCAAAAUGUUGAGAGAAAUAAAACCGAGAAAGAAGAAAUGAAUAAAAAAACAACCGAAAAGAAAGAUGCUCCGAGAUUUAGUUUCUCGCCCGGAUUGAUUGUUCAAAUAGAGAUGGAAUCUCCUUGCAGUGAUCCACAAAAUUUCAAAAUGGAAAUAAAGGGAAGCAGUUCUUCCAGUUCGAUAAAAUAUGUUGACAUUCGUGAGGGUUCAAAUAUUGCAUUUGUACGAUUUGAUUCGUCAGAAUCGGCGAAGUCUUUUACGCAAAAAACCAGAGACGAUCGAACAAUGACAAUAUUAGAAGGUGACGAGGAAAAGUCCUACUGGGACAAAAUGACAAGUGACAGAAAAGACAAAAUAGAAAAUAAUAUAAGAGUGAAACAAAGAGGAAGAGACAAAUUACUCAAGAAGGCGGAAAAGGAACUUGGAAAACAUAUAAAAUUUGACGAGGUAUAAAACAAGUUUAUUUAAAAAAAAACUUUAUUAUAGAUGUAAAAUUAUGGAAUACAUUUUUCUCUCUA